GGUGUGAUAACACAAAGUGGGAGCUGUAGCAGGAUGAUCACACAGCUCUUGACUGGGUUUAAUCAAUCAAAUUUCACUUUUUUGAAUCACGGUUUCAGUGUUCUGCAGAUACGCGUUACUGGCUUACUUUCGUAAUGGAUACACGUUUUUAAAAAUUACGCUAAAUUAGCUUUGCCUGUUUAGCGAGUGUCUCGUUUGCUAGCGUGACACUGUUGUGGUGCACCUGGUGUCGAGAGCAGCGACGCUCAUGGAAACUUUCCCUUUGACUUGAGUGAGAUUCAACCGCCAGCCGUUCACUUUGACAAGUGUGUAAGUGCUCGCUGUGAACAUGGCGGACCGUGAAGAGCGCCGUUUUGCCGAGAUUUCCAGAGAGUCUGUUAAAUUCAUGGCAGAGAGUUCAGGCGUGGAGCUGGGUGACGAUGUGGCCGCUCUACUCGCCGAGGACGUGUGCUAUCGCCUGAGGGAGGCGACACAGAGCAGUUCACAGUUCAUGAGACAUGCCAAGAGGAGGAAGCUGACAGUGGAGGACUUCAACAGAGCCCUGCACUGGAGCAACGUGGAGGCCGUUUGUGGCUACGGAGCCCAGGACGCUCUGCCUUUCCGUUCAGUGAAAGAAGGAGAACUUUUCUUUGUCGAGGAUCGCGACGUCAACCUAGUAGAGUUGGCGCUUGCUACUAACAUUCCCAAAGGCUGCGCUGAGACCAUGGUACGAGUGAAUGUGUCGUACCUGGAUGGGAAGGGCAACCUGGAGCCUCAGGGAACUGUUCCCACUGCGGUGCAGUCUCUGUCAGACGACCUCUUAAAGUACUACCAGCAGAUCACACGCGCCAUCCUGGGUGAAGAUCCUCACCUCAUGAAGGUGGCUCUGCUGGACCUUCAGUCCAACUCCAAGAUCGCCGCCUUACUGCCGUACUUUGUUUAUGUCAUCAGUGGGGUGAAGUCAGUGAGUCAUGACUUGGAGCAGCUGAACCGGCUCCUCCACAUGGUGAAGAGCCUGGUGCAGAACCCCUACCUGUACCUGGGCUCGUACGUCCGCAGCCUGGUGUCCAGCGUCAUGUACUGCAUCCUGGAGCCGCUCGCCGCGUCCAUCAACCCGCUCAACGACCACUGGACCCUCAGAGACUACGCCGCGCUGCUCCUCAGCCACAUCUUCUGGACUCACGGUGACCUGGUGAGCGGACUCUACCAUCAGAUCCUGCUGUCGCUGCAGAAGGUUCUGUCUGAUCCAGUGAGACCACUCUGCUCCCACUAUGGAGCCGUGGUGGGGCUUCAUGCUUUGGGAUGGAAAGCUGUAGAGAGAGUUCUCUUCCCACACCUUCCUGCCUACUGGGCGAACCUCCAGGCCGUGCUGGACGAUUAUUCUGUCUCCAACGCUCAGGUCAAAGCUGACGGACACAAGGUCUACGGAGCCAUUCUGGUGGCAGUGGAGCGCCUGCUGAAGAUGAAGGCGUUGUCCCUGUCCCAGCCUGCAGAGGGCGCCUCCAGCGCUCACCCAGGCUCUGUGGUGGGUGCUAUGGGUUACAGAGUGAGUUCUCCUGGACUCAGCCCCCCUCCAGAGCCUCUGUCGGAGGCCACGCUCGGAAUCGCCAGCCACCUGCAGGCGGGCGGGGCGGGCUGUCCCUGGGAGGAGUGGACGCCCGUCCCCCUCCCCGCCAUGUACAAGGAGCUCUACUCGUUCUUUGGAGACAGCCUGGCCGUCCGGUUCAGCACAGGACCGGGGCUCGGCGGCUACUCCCCCUGCACGCCGUCCCAGCUCAGUCACUCCAGGAAGGAGCCCCCCGGCUCGUCUUCCAACUCUGACACCACCCGAAAGAUGCCUCAGCUGACGGCCAACCUCAACAUCAGCCCCAGGCAUGAUGGGAGUCCACGCACUGAUCCGGCGCCGCCCAGUCUGGCGGUUACUGGAUCAGCGAGGUCGCUGACUCGCUCCUCCACCUCCUCCUCGGUCCAGCGCUCCAGAUCCUCCUCGUCCCGUGCCGGCCAGCGCUCGGCAGGUCUGUCCCGCGACGUCUUCCCCAAACCUCGCUUCACCGCUCCUCAGACCGGACCGACGGCGUUCACCUUCCUCAUCGGCGGUCGCCAAAUGGGCCGCCGUUGCCAAGGCCGACGCCCAUUCCAGACCACCUUUGCCCCGACUCCGCCCUUACCGGCCAUCCCACCCCGUGCCUACGCCCACAAACUGCCUGUGAUCGGCAGGGUGGGCAAACCUGUACGCCGCUGGGCGUGUUCUCAUUACUCUCUACAUCUGCCGCUUUAGAGACCGACAUCGUGGUCUUUUGUUAUGAUGGUUGAACUUUGUACAGAUUCUGUUUUAUAACAGUUCCUCCUUUUUGUCUAUAAAUUACAUAAAUUCUG